AUGGUUAGCUCAGCUGCUUCCCCGAGUUAAACUCAAAGCGCAAGUGUGUGUGUUUCAAAGAGAGAGAUAGGAGAGAUGAGCAAAGAAUCUGUACAUGGUCUCUCUCUGUAGCUUCAUUUCCUAUUAUUGGGAGGAGGAAAAAAGAAUGAAUUAUUUCCCAGACGAGGUAUUAGAGCAUGUGUUCGAUUUUGUAACAUCAAGCAGAGACCGCAACGCGUUGUCUCAGGUCUGUAAAUCAUGGUACAGGAUCGAAAGUUCUAGCAGGCAGAAGGUGUUUAUAGGAAAUUGCUAUGCGAUCAGUCCAGAGAGAGUGAUUGAGAGGUUUCCUGCUCUAAAGUCUAUUGCUUUGAAGGGAAAACCUCAUUUCGCUGACUUCAACCUGGUCCCGCAUGAAUGGGGAGGCUUCGUUUACCCUUGGAUCGAAGCUUUCGCCCGGAACAGGGUCGGCUUGGAGGAGCUCCGGCUAAAGAGGAUGGUGGUUUCCGAUGACAGCUUGGAGUUGCUCUCAAGGUCUUUUGCCAAUUUUAAGUCUUUGGUUCUUGUUAGUUGUGAAGGGUUCACCACUGAUGGGCUAGCUGCUAUUGCUGCUAAUUGUAGGUGUCUUAGAGAGCUGGACUUGCAAGAAAAUGAAGUUGAGGAUCAUAGAGGCCAUUGGCUUAGUUGUUUCCAUGACAGCCAUACAUCUCUUGUAUCACUUAAUUUUGCUUGCCUCAAAGGAGAUAUUAAUUUAGGAGUUCUUGAGAGACUUGUAGCAAGAUCUCCAAAUCUCAGGAGUUUGAGGUUAAACCGUGCAGUUCCUUUUGAUACACUCCAAAAAAUAUUGAUGCAGUCGCCUAAUUUAGUGGACUUGGGUGUAGGAUCUUAUGUACAUGAUCCAGAUUCUGAAACCUACGAUAAAUUAGUGACUGCCAUUGAAAAGUGUAAAUCAGUCAGGAGUUUGUCAGGGUUUUUGGACGUUGCUCCUCACUGCCUGCCAGCUUUUCACUCGAUUUGCCCAAACCUGACCUCCUUGAAUCUAAGUUAUGCUCCAGGAAUUCAAGGUGGUGAGCUUACAAAGCUAAUUCGCCACUGUAGGAAACUCCAGCGCUUAUGGAUACUAGACUGUAUUGGAGAUAAAGGGCUAGAAGUUGUGGCAUCCACUUGUAAGGAUUUGCAGGAACUGAGGGUUUUCCCUUCGGAUCCCUACAUAGGACAUGCAGCAGUCACAGAAGAAGGCUUGGUUGCCAUUUCUAGUGGUUGUCCUAAGCUUCAUUCAAUUUUAUACUUCUGUCAGCAGAUGACAAAUGCAGCCCUCAUAACAGUAGCCAAGAACUGCCCCAAUUUUAUCCGCUUUAGGUUGUGCAUCCUGGAUCCCACAAAACCAGAUGCAGUGACUCAGCAGCCAUUGGAUGAAGGUUUUGGGGCUAUUGUUCAUUCAUGUAGGGGUCUCAGGCGGCUAUCACUUACUGGUCUCCUGACAGACCAAGUUUUCCUUUACAUUGGGAUGUAUGCUGAGCAACUUGAAAUGCUUUCAAUUGCAUUUGCUGGGGAUAGUGACAAGGGAAUGCAGUAUGUGUUAAAUGGUUGCAAAAGACUCCGCAAAUUAGAGAUCAGGGACAGUCCUUUCGGCAAUGGAGCACUUCUGAUGGACGUGGGAAAGUAUGAAGCAAUGCGAUCCCUUUGGAUGUCGUCCUGUGAAGUUACUCUUGGAGGCUGCAAGACCCUUGCAAAGAAGAUGCCACGGCUCAAUGUGGAGAUCAUGAACGAAAAUGAGCAGACAGAUUUUAUUUUUGAUGAUGCACAGAAAGUGGACAAGAUGUACCUAUAUCGGACAUUGGCAGGGCAACGGAAAGAUGCACCGGACUUUGUGUGGACUUUGUAGGUGAAUCUGGGGUGUAUCUUUCUGGCACUGCUGAAUAUUAUUUUCUUUGUUAUUAAGUGGUACUUUGUUAGGCUAGCUGAUUUUUCGGAUUUUUAGCCUGUUGGUUUUCUAGAGGCAUGCUACUCUUUAAUUUAUCAUAGAAUCUAUUUGUAAACUUUGUUAUUAUAAAUAGAACUUUGUUAGUAUAAAUAGAACUUUGUUAGUAUUGGCAAAA